GGAUUUGGGAGUGACGCGGAUGUGAAUGCUAGUUUAUCCUCUUUCCUUUGCUGUGAGAAAUAUGUGAACAAACUGGAUUAACGGCUACCAGCUCAUCUUCAUUUGCGAAUUAUGAUGCAGGUUUACAGUAUUUAUUAAAGGCAAGAGAAAAAGAAGGCUGUUUAUGAUUUUAUCACCUCGGGAAUAUAUGUACUAGGAUCGUCCUCCGAGCUGCAGGGAAUAACUUUGGACAAGUUCUUUGUAUUCGGGUAGCUUGUGGACAACAAGCUGAGCAUGGACUGGGGCACCGAGCUUUGGGACCAAUAUGACAUCAUUGACAAGCACACUCAGUCUGGCUUGGAACUGGUGGAGAAGUAUGUGAAAUUUGUGAAGGAGAGGACAGAGGUUGAACAAAACUAUGCCAAGCAACUGAGGAAUCUGUCAAAGAAAUAUAAUCUAAAACGGAGCAACAAAGAUGAACCGGAGUGCAGGUUGUCCAGCUACCAGUCUUUCUUGGAAAUUCUGAAUGAGAUGAACGACUACGCUGGCCAGCGAGAGCUAAUCGCUGAGAACAUGAUGAUGAACAUUUGUAUUGACCUCACCAAGUACCUGCAAGAGAUCAAGCAGGAACGAAAGUCGUAUUUGAUGGAAGCCAAGAAAGCCCAACAGAGUUUGGAGAGCACCUACAAGCAGCUUGACAGUAGCAAGAAGCGCUUUGAGAGGGAAUGGCGAGAAGCAGAGCGUGCUGCUCAGUACGCAGAAAAGACGGAUCAAGAUAUCAAUGCUACAAAGGCAGACGUGGAAAAAGCAAAACAGCAAGCUCAUAUGAGAGCACAUGUGGCAGAGGAAUGUAAAAACGAUUACGCUGCUCAGCUACAGAAGUACAACAAGGAGCAGAGUCAGUUCUAUUUUAACGAUAUGCCGCUCAUCUUCAAUAAAUUGCAGGACUUGGAUGAGAGGCGGUUACGGAAGCUGGCACAAGGUUACGUGUUGUUCUCGGACACAGAAAAGCAUGUGAUGCCAAUCAUCAGCAAGUGCCUGGAAGGAAUUACUAAAGCUGGCACAAAUGUUAAUGAAAAGAAUGACUCCGUGAUUCUAAUAGAGCAGAACAAGUCAGGCUUUGAGCGUCCUGGAGAUGUGGAGUUCGAGGAUUACAGUCAGGGCAUCAAUCGGACCUCCUCUGAGAGCAGCCUGAGCACGCCGAAAGGUCCUAUGGAGCUCCUAGGAAAGAACAAGGGCAAAAAUUUCUGGCUUUUUAGCAGGAGGAGUAAGUUCUCUCCUUCCUCGCUUCCACCUUUCUCUUCGCCCCCUGCCCCUUCGCCUGCUAACGGACCCCCUUCCCCCAAGUUUGGCCGGGACCCCCUGUCGUACUGUUUGAAGGAGAUCAAUAAGACAGUCAAACCCAGAAUCUCUUCUUUCCGGACCCUCCGGACAACGCCCACAGUGACAGAGGACUUCGCUCACCUUCCUCCAGAGCAACGCAAGAAAAGGUUACAACAGAAACUAGAAGAAAUUUCCAAAGAGUUACAGAAGGAAGUCGAUCAGAGCGAGGCCCUGGGGAAGAUGAAAGAUGUUUAUGAGAAAAAUCCUCAAAUGGGAGACCCGGCCAGUCUGGCAUCCCAAAUCAGUCAAACAUCCCAGAAUAUAGAGCGGCUCACGGGAGAGAUCAACAAAUACGAGACGUUCCUGACUGAAGCAGGGGGUCGAGGAGAAACGGCGGUAUACAGAAGUCACAGAUUCAACAAUAAUGUGGCUGAUGAUGUGUCCAGUCCGGAUGGUGCUCACUCUGAUGAAAGCACUGCUGAUCCCUCCCAGGCCAUCUACGCUGAGUUUGAUGAUGACUUUGAGGAUGAUGAACUUUCGGCCCCCAUUGGGAAAUGCACAGCCAUGUACAGUUUUCCUGGUGCCAGCGAAGGGACCAUCUCCAUGCAGGAGGGGGAGGUGCUUGCCGUGGUGGAGGAGGAUAAAGGGGAUGGAUGGACCCGUGUACGUAGAAACAACGGAGAUGAAGGUUAUAUUCCCACGUCUUACGUCACCAUCAUCCUAAACCCAUGAUGGACAGAUGAGCAAAGAGACAUGAAGGAGUGAUCACGGG